UUCAAAGGUUACCGAAGAGAAAGGAGGUGCACAGAUCUACACACCGAUCGCAACGAGAAGGAAACAAAGAGAGAGAGAGACACAAGAAGGGAGAGACAAGGGGAGAGAAUUCAGGGGAAGACAAGGACAUCAUGGUUUCAAUCACGGAGACUCAGAAGAUUGGUGUUGGUCUCACAGGCUUUGGCCUCUUCUUCCUGCUCUUUGGCGUGCUGCUGUACUUUGACUCUGUCUUGCUGGCGUUUGGGAAUGUUCUGUUUCUGACUGGUCUGAUGUUCAUCAUUGGCCUGAGGAGGUCGGUCGGUUUCUUCUUCCAGAGACAAAAGCUCAGAGGCUCCACCUUCUUCCUGGGGGGUGUGGCCUUGGUGCUGUUCCGCUGGCCAAUCAUCGGCAUGGCCGUGGAGAGCUAUGGCUUCGUGCUCCUGUUCAGGUCAUUCUUCCCUGUGGCGUGUGGAUUCAUUUUAUCGUUGGUGAAUAUACCCUAUCUCAAUGUGUUUUACAACAGCUUCCUAGGAAGUAGCCCAUCUAUUGUCUGAGGAAAGGGAGAGAGAGAAGCCAAAAAAGAAGAGAGGAGGAAUGGAAGUGAUGGAUGACAAAAGGAGAAGUGUAUUUGGGCUCAGACUGGCUAUAACCUUUGACAGAGACUGAUGGAGUGGGGAGGGGGCUUAGAGCCUUCCCCCAUCAACAACCAUGAACCAACCAAUGGACUCUUCUUCUUGAAAUGUUUACAUAAACAUGAACCACCACAUGAUGUGUGGCAAUGACGAGCUGCCAUACCCCUAAUGUACAUGGUUGGGAGUAACCGAUUACAUGUAAUCAAUGACAUGUAAUCAUUUACAAGAAACUGUAACUGCAAUCAGUUACGUUACAAGCAGAAAUAUUGUAAUCCAAUUACAGAUACUUUUGAAAAACUAGGUGAUUAGUUCUUGGAUUACUUUUACAUUUAGAAAGGAUGUUUGCAGAAAAAAAUACAUUAUGACACCUUUCUGUUUUCUCAAUUCAGUAUUGACAAAAAGGCAUGUUUAAGUUUCUUCAGCCUGAGAGAGUCUGACCACAAGUCAGAGACCACUAUAAUGAGUUUGAUGGAUCCUUUUUGUCUUCUUCUAAUGCCUCUUUAGAGGAAAGCAUUCAAAAAGCAACUGAAAGUUAUCAGAUUAUUACUUAGUUUGGGUAAUCAUUUAGAAAGUAACCUACCCAACCCUGCUUAUGUAUUUAUAAUAAAACCAUAUUUUUGAUCUACA